AUGUUUGAUAAUCCACGCAAGGCGACUAUCGUCGCCAAACGUGCGACUCGCAACGAGGCUCUAUCAAUCGCAGGCAAAGUCAAAAACGACCAGGAGCUCUACACCCGGGCCACGGCCAUCGACAUCGUCGAAUAUAUAGCAAAGGGAGAGUGGACCGCUACGGAGGUAGUGAAGGCAUAUAUCGCGCGUGCUGCCCUAGCACAGGGAAAAACCAACUGUCUAACAGAAGUACUCUUCGAUGACGCAAUACGUCAGGCGAAAACACUAGACGAGGAGUUCACCAGGACAAAGAGGAUUAGGGGCCCACUGCAUGGCGUACCUGUUAGCUUCAAGGAUCAUUACGAUAUAGAAGGCUACGAUUCCGUGACCGGAUUCUCAGCAUGGAUCAAUGACCCCGCGAAAAAGGAUGCAUUUCUCGUCUCCCAACUCCGGAAAGCUGGAGCCAUUAUCAUUGCGAAGACGAACCUGCCGCAAAUGAUGUUUUCUUCCGAAAGCGUGAAUCCUGUGUUCGGCCGGACGACCAACCCAUGGAGCAGCAAGCAUGCAAGUGGUGGAAGCUCUGGCGGAGAAGCUGCGCUGCUUGCUAUGGAUGGCUCCGCUCUUGGGGUUGGCUCAGACAUCGGUGGAAGCCUGCGUGUACCAGCUUCUUGGUGUGGGGUUUAUUCGCUCAAGCCGACGGCUGAGCGCAUCUGCGGUCAUGGUGCUCGAGAUAUUGAGCCGGGAUUUGAGGCCAUCAAGUUCUGCUACGGACCAAUGGCGCGAUCUGUCGCAGACUGCGAUCUGUUCUGCAGGCUGUUUCUCGGUAAGCAGGAUGAUGUGCCCCAGACCGCGCCACAGCCGUAUAGCGAAGUCGAAUUACCUAAGAGGUUGCGUUUUGGCUUCUACGCCAGUGAUGGCCUUGUGACAUCAUCCCCUGCUUGCCAACGAGCUGUCCGGGAACCCGUGGAGGCUCUUCGGCAGCAGGGACAUGAGUGCAUUGAGUUCGACCCGAAGCCCCUAGCUCUCGAAGCAUGUCGUGUUUUUAUUGCAUUGCUAUCGGCUGGUGGUCACAAAACAAUGCUAUCUCAUCUUCAAGGAGAUCCAGAGGAGACGAUGAUGUUUGGUUAUACUAUCGGGCCAAAGCUGCCAGGUUUCAUCCGUGUAAUGGGCAAAUGGAUUGCCCAAUACGUUAUCGGAGACGACGUCCUCGCCCAAAUAAUUGAUACGUCUCGCGGAAAAAGCGUCAAAGAAUUCGUUGAGUUCACCAACGCUAGGAACCAAGUCUCCCGCGCGUUCUACGAGCAGGUAUGGAACGCUCUACAGCUCGACGGGAUUAUAUGCCCCGUACAGUCUCUGCCGGCCAUCACUCACGGAUCUUGCGCGUACCUGACGCCACUCUUCUGCGCUACAUUGCUGUACAACGUUGUAGACUCGCCUGUUGGCGUCGUGCCCGUCACCCGUGUAACACCCGGUGCGGACGAUCUCCCCGCAGAUUUCAAAGCUGGUCGCAAUGGGACCAGCUGGACCCUUGAGAUGGCGAUGUACCACAGGAAGUAUGGCGUAUAUAACUCAGAACGGAUGGCCGGUCUUCCAGUCGGUGUGCAGAUCGUGGGGAAGAAAUGGGAGGAUGAGAAGGUGCUGGGGAUGAUGCGAGUCGUGGACGAGGCACUUGGCCCGAGGGGCUUUGGACCAGGAAUGUGGAAGGAUGAAUAGAG